AUGACUGAACCAAAAAAUUUUCAUAUUAACGCGAUCCCCGUAUUUAACGGUGAUCAAUCCACCUUAGCUUUAUUUAUUUCUGCCAGCGAAAGCUUUAUAGAUACUUUUACCAAUAAAGAAAACCCAAGAGACGUAAAAAAUGAAUGGAUAUUGCGUUUGAUUGUGUCUAAAUUAGAAGAUGAGUUAGAAAACUUGUUAAGUGACUUAGAUGCACCUAGAGAAUUAAAUACACCCCCACCGGAACAAGUAGAACAAAAUCUUAGACCCCCACCUGCUACAGCCGAACUAACAGAGACUUUAGAAGAAAUAUUUGAACCAAUACCACAAAAUCAAAACGAAGAUACCCUAUCUGACAGUAUUCACUUCAACGAAAAUGUCGAACCAAGGAACGGUAUUCCCAUUUCUGAUGAUGCCAUUGAAUCGAAGCCCAACCAAUAUUUUAUUACACCUGUCUCGAUGAACCCAAGAAAAGUCAAACACAUUAAAAUAGGAAAACAAAACAAAUUUUUUGUUCAAAUUUCUCGAAAUAACAACGAACAAGAAAUAAUAGAAUUUCUUAAAAACUACACUGCUAAAACUCAAGAACUUUUUAACGAAUUAGUUACCGUUACAGAAUUACCUCAAAACCCCCAGUUACCAUAUAAAGUCAACUCUGAUACGAUCAAUAUUUACGAAAGAAUUGCUGUAGUAAAAAGUUACAUAAAAAAUGAAAAAAUAUAUUUUAUAAUUGAAAUUCCAAUUGUUGAAAAACUUCCAUACUCAUAUUUCCACCUUUAUUCAAUUCCGGUAAAAACAAUCCACUCUUAUAAUAUUAUAAUCCCACAAACUAAGUACCUUGCCCUUAAUGAGAAAUUCUACACUUUAUCUAACGAACGUUGUAAACAAGUGGCCAACAUGGAAUUUUUAUGUAAUGCUCAGCAAUCCCAUAAGAUAUCACAGAAUAGUCCGUGUGAAGUGCAACUGCUGCAAUUUACAAAUUCUUAUAAAAAAUGUGCCCAAAAACAAGUAGAAAUACAAAACCCAAAAUUUGAAAAAUUAAAAGAAAACCGAUGGCUUAUAAUUCUUCCAAAUGAAACAGUUAUAACUUCGGAGUGUCCAACAUCAAAAGAAAAAAUAUCUCUCAUUGGAAAUUUUGUAAUGGAAAUCCCAGAAACCUGUCAAGUCCACAUCGAAGAAAAAAUACUUAAAACCUACCAAAAUCCAGUUAAAAAUACCGAAAUUAUAAAAAUACCAAAUAUUGAAAUUCCUGUCCUGCAAAAACCAGUCAACAGUAGACAAAAACCUUUGAAACUUGAAACCGUUCAGCUAGAUGAAAUCCAUCCGUUGAUAAAACAAUUAGAAAAUACCGAAGAAAUGAUCAGAGAAAAUAAUAUUCCGAAUUUUAAUGAAAAACCCAACUUAUGGACAAUUUUCCUGUACGCCAUUAUUGCUUUUGGUUUGGCAAUUAUAAUAUUUAAACACCGAUCAAAACUAACCCCAAAGAAAAAGACGUCAACCCCUGAAAAGGAACCAGAAGAAGAAGAAAUCCAACUUAGAAAUUUUAGGAAACCGUAA